AUGCCAGUUGCAAAUGUAGAUAGCAGUGAUAUUGCUAUUGGGGACCUGCUACCAUCUGCGACCACUGCUGAGCCAUAUGAGGGUCUGGAGGGACAGGAUCUAGUCGGGGUGCCUCUACAGCUGUCACAAUUGCUGAUGGCCAUUGUCGCUCUGAAGGGCAUUGGCGUCGUUCACGCCAACCUGAAGCCAGUCAAUAUUAUGCUGGUGAACCACCGGCUGAGCCCUUCGGACAUGUGGGGUCUUGGUUGUGUGCUUGGGUUCGUGUACCUCAGAAAAAAGCUGUUUGCGUCACACUGCGUGUACCAGUCAAUUAGAGGCAUCGUAGACAUUCUGGGCCAGCCAGCUGACCACCUCCUGAGUGCUGGGAAACACACCCACACAUUUUUUAAGGCGAACCAGCACUGGGACAAACCAAGAUGGUGGAUGAAGACCCCGAGGGAAUACCAGAUUGGCACUGGCAUUGAGCCCAAAAGAUGGCACAUGCGUUUAAGAAACCUGGAUGACCUGAUUACACACGACCCAAGGACGCAGGGAAAACAUUGA